ACCUCGCCAAUCUGAGUAUUAGAACACUCGAUUGGCUCCUUCGGUUGCUAAGAUAAGCCGGUGACCGGAUUCACUACACGAGCUGUUAUACACUUUAUCAAAAACUCCACGUGAACUUUUAAUCCUAAAUAGACCCACGAAUUAUGUACCAUGACACAGUCAAACGACCGAAACGAGUAAUGGCCGCUCUGUUACUUUUAGCUUGUUGUUUUAAAAAUAAUACUGAAUGUCUCCAGAGUGGUCGGAAAAAAAGCUGCUAGGAACUGAACUUUGACCAGAAAGGUUUUUUUAUUAUACUACUUUACACCUGGAUUAUUAUUAUUAUUUUUUUAUUAAAGUAAUACUGUAUUAAAGGAAGAUAAGAGAGGAGUGGGGAUUGAACACCCCCAAGUUCUUUAACUCAUUUUAAAGUUUUAAAUCUAUUACAUUAAAAUCCACGAACAGGAUGGCAGCAGCCAGCACAACUAAAACAUCCUGGAAACUACAGGAGAUAGUCGCACAUACCAGCAAUGUGUCCUCACUGGUUUUGGGGAAGACCUCUGGGCGCCUGCUGGCUACAGGCGGUGACGACUGUAAAGUAAACAUCUGGGCCGUCAAUAAACCAAACUGUAUCAUGAGCCUGACCGGACACACUAACCCAGUAGAGUGCAUCCAGUUCAGUAGCACAGAAGAGCAGGUUGUGGCUGGCUCACAGUCGGGAUCAUUACGAGUCUGGGACCUAGAAGCAGCUAAAAUUCUCCGGACCUUAAUGGGACACAAAGCCAACAUCUGCAGCCUAGAUUUCCAUCCCUAUGGGGAGUAUGUGGCUUCUGGCUCCAUGGACACAAAUAUUAAGUUAUGGGAUAUCAGAAGAAAAGGAUGUGUGUUUAGGUAUAAGGGGCACACACAGGCUGUGCGGUGUCUCUGCUUUAGUCCGGAUGGGAAGUGGCUGGCCUCGGCAAGUGAUGACAGCACAAUAAAGCUGUGGAACUUGACGGCUGGGAAGAUGAUUACUGAAUUUACAGCACACACAGCCGCUGUGAACGUUGUGGCGUUUCAUCCAAACGAGUAUCUCCUGGCAUCGGGGAGCUCAGACAGGACAAUAAAACUUUGGGAUCUGGAGAAGUUUCAGAUGAUCGGCUCCUCGGAAGGGGAGACAAGCCCUGUUAGAAGCAUUGCAUUCAACCCGGAUGGGUGCUGCCUCUACAGUGGCUCCCAGGAUUCGUUGAGAGUGUAUGGCUGGGAGCCAGACCGCUGUUUCGAUGUGGUGCCAGUGACCUGGGGCAAGGUGGCCGACCUUGCCAUCUGUAACAACCAGCUGAUUGGAGUCUCAUCAAGCUUGACUAACGUCUCCUCCUAUGUGGUGGACCUCAAUCGGGUAAAGAAAUCUGGUUCAGUUAUUCAGGGCUUUAUCCAGGAUGACAAGCCUCUUGCUGCACCACCAGUGAAGGGAACCAGCAUCCGUCGCAACUACGAGCGCCCACUUACCACCUGCAACACACACCAGAGGGUGAAGCAGAACUCUGAGAGUGAUCGUCGGAGCCCCGAAGGCGAGAGACGCAGCCCCAGUAGUGAGGAGGACCGGGAUGACAAGGAGUCCACUGCAGAGAUCCGCAACCCAGAAGACUACAAAGAGAUAUUCCAGCCCAGCAGUGCUAUCUCUCGAACCCCCCCAAAGAGAAGUGAGCCUUUCCCUGCCCCUCCGGAGGAUGAGAUUUUCCCAGUGAAGCCCAACAAUGCAUUGGAAAUGAUGACCCCAUUACCAGAGAGACUCAAGCCUGAGCAGUUAAAGAUGGCUCCCAUGGCCUCCUCUACUCCAGUGAAUAGGGUGGAGCCUACUAUCGUCCCACCUCCCAACCGGCCGUUGCCAGGGGCUAACCCCGCCCCUAACAAAGCUAACCCUGCCCCCAGCAGAGCAGAGCCAGCUGUAAUUCUUGCCUCCCGGAAUGAGCCAAUUGGAUUGAAGGCAUCUGACUUUCUCCAGCCAGCAAAGAAUAACAAUCAGCCUGCCCUGAAUGACGACGAUGCCCUGUCCCAGAUUAGGAAGGGCCACGACACCAUGUGUGUGGUGCUCACCAGCCGGCACAAAAACCUUGACAUUGUGAGAGCGGUCUGGAGCAGCGGGGACAUCAAGACCUCUCUGGAUUCAGCAGUGACCAUUAAUGAUCUGUCUAUUAUAGUGGACAUUCUGAAUAUCCUCAACCUCAAACCAUCUUUGUGGAAGUUGGAUCUGUGUACCUCCAUCCUUCCCCAAAUUGAAAAACUGCUGCAGAGCAAGUAUGAAAGCUAUGUUCAGACGGGCUGCACCUCCUUAAAACUCAUCCUCCAGCGCUUUCUGCCUUUGAUAGCAGAUAAUCUCACAGCAGCCCCUUCAGUUGGAGUCGAUAUCACACGAGAGGAAAGACACCAGAAAUGCAAAGCAUGUUACAAGCAACUGAGGAACCUGAGAAAUGUUGUGAAGAGCAAGGCUAGUCUGGUGGGACGACAUGGCAGUGCCUUCAGAGAGCUCCAGCUACUAAUGGCUACACUGGACUGACCACAUCUUGUUUUGGGACUGUGAGGUCUCUCCUCCUUCAUAUGGUGGCCUAUGACACUGUUUUCAAUGGCACGGAUUGCUCAACAUGGGUUUAAGAAACCAGUACAGGGUCUUUAAGGGAUGACACCACCGUUACUGUCUUUUGGCAAUUCCGUUUCAUUUUCUGGUUUUAAAAGCGAUGCCAGCAUUUUAAAUCCCAAGACAACACCCCUACGUACACUCUUCUGAGUGAUUUUGAGAAAACAAUCUGCUGCUGUCCAAAGGGCCGCAACCCUAGCCCAAGAUUUUCAUGGUGGAAAUUGGGAUGCACUCUACAAAGUAAAUAUUAUAAGUGAUGUUCUCUGCUUCUGACAAAGCAGCUUCUUCAAUUGGAUUAAAAUUGUUGUAAAGAGCAAAAAACAAUAAAAAUAUUUUUGCAAAAUAUAAGACAGCCUUCAGCUAUUAGAAGGGUUGUGCUUGGAUUGAACUAUUUACGUUUCAUAGCACGUUACAAUGUGGUUGUAUGACCAUGUGAGAGGAUUGCAGUAAGGUGGGCAUGGUAAUUAUUAGUCCAUUGACCUACUGGUUUGGAUGGUAUAUACAAUCUGUUAAAUGCAAAUCAAUGUAAUUAUAUUUGGUACGAGAGGCAGCGAUAAAUGCAGUAGUCAUUUUUCUGUAAACUACUGCCAUUUAUCCAAACAAAACUUAAAUCCUCUUUGUUUGUAGUGACUGGGUGUAUAGUGCCAUUCUCUAAAACAUCUACUGGUUUUGAUUUUUUUUAUGUAAGUUUCCCUUUCCUGUCCUAUACUUGAUUCAAUGCCUUCAAGUAAUUUAGUUGCAGUACCCAACAGGAGCUAGACUGCG